AGACACAGGCGGACUGGAGGAGAGCUGCUUUGUACACUGACAUGGGGAGAGGCUUCCUGUGUUGGGGAAUGCUGAGGCUCAGUGAACCAAUGGGAAAACAGGGUUGAGGAUGCAACUGUGAUCCAGGAAAAAACAGUCCAUUGUUCCUGGAGACGUUGGAGAAGUGUGACCUACCUCCUGCCGGCUUUUGCCUCCACUCGACCCAGAGGGAAACUGAAGAACCGAGCGGCCCAUUGACAUCAGAAUGAGCGGGGGAGUCCAUGUGAAGUCAGCCCCCCACGGGCCCUCCUCAUCAGGAAUCCCUGUCCCCUGCAACCUGAUGCCCAGUUCUCCAAAACCAGAUCCUCGCCGCCAGGCCAGUGGCUUGCCCAGGACCUCCAUAAACACCCCCAAGCACACACCCACACAUUCUCCUUUACUUCACCCACGGAACUCCAACAUUCCCGGGCCUUCCUCCAGGGAGCACCUGCGAGAUGCYGGACAGAAGAAUCAGCUCCUCCAGCGGACAGGAGCCUUCAAUAUUCCUCGGGUAUCACGUUCUGCUUACAGCAGCCCGUUGACCCAGCGCCGCGAAGCACCACCACACUCCAAAGACACUCUGGAUCUCGGAAGAACCGGCUCAGCUCACAUCUCCUCACAGUUUUCACAUGAUAAAAAUUGCAACAGAAGCGCCGUUGGCAAUAACAACCAGGCAUGGGGAGCCAGUUAUCUGCGUCCAAAUCUCUAUUUUAGGGGAUGUGAAAACUCCAAUAACCCCUCCAAUAACCCAACCCAGAAGAUGAGUGAGGUUCUACCAACCAGAGGAGGCAUGGAGCCUCCAGAAAACCAUCUGCUCCAGUCUAGUAUAGCGAACAACGGCAACAGUCGCCCAAGCAUUGUUCAGCCGGGCUGCAAGCACGCCAGAGGUCACAGCGGCUCCACCAGCCAAUCAGAUGAGGAGAUGGGAACCUCUGAGGACAGCAGUGUGGCCUCCUCUCCUGAUCCUCUGCCACUGUCACUCCUCUCAUUCCCCAUGCCGGUUGUGUCUGGAUUUAAAGAUCCCAAGGAGUCUACAGAAACACAAACACCCAAAAUCAACAUGGCCACUGUGGCUCCUUUCAGCUACAGGCUGCAGAUACAGGAGAGUGAUUUUUCCGUUGACGACCUGAGCGACUGUUCAUCUGGCUCCAUAGAAGUCUGCUGUGAUGAUCUAACAACAGGAGGGAUGCUGGAGGCUAACGUGGCUACCAUUAGCAUGACGGCUAAGCCCAGAGAGCUGGACCUGAGGUCUGCGGCUGUCUCCUGCCAGGACACCUCCACCCAGGCUAUGGCCUCCAGGAAGCCACAGGUCAGGCCCCUYGCUCAGUCCCAGGGGCCUUCACGUCCCUCCGGGUCUGAACUCAAGGUGUAUCGGCCCAACUCCGGAUCCAUCCCCAUUCCCACCCCCAAUACUUCCAGGCUUCGCAAGCAGCGCUCGCUUGGCAACUUGUGUGUGCUCACUGACGCUGAGAAGAAGCUGCACCUGUACCAGUCUCCCCGAUGGAAAGAUGACACAGGCCGACCCGGCGAGGGGAAAAGUAAAGGAGGCCAGACCAAGACAGGUCAAGCUGGUGGUGGGAGACCGCCUCUCUCCCGGACACUUUCAAAGUCAGAACAGUCUCUGUUUCAGGGGAAGCCCAAACCAUUCACCUCUCCGGCUGUGACGCCAAACCUGGGUAAGCCAAGCCGAAUACCUGCGCCUGGGAAACCACGGGGACCCUACGCCGAGGUCAAACCCAUCAGCAAGACCUCUGAGUCCAGUCAGAGUGCAGACAUAGACCCUGCUGACCCCCCUCUUAAAGCCUGUGAAGCUGGAAGUACUGGAACUAAUGGCAAAAAAACAGGAGAAAAGAGCAGAUCUGGAGCUCAGAUAACGGAGGACAAAAAAGAGAAGAAGGGGACAGAGGGAGAAGAUGACAAGAGCUUUCUAAAGGUGGAUCCAGAGUUAGUUGUGACAGUACUGGGAGAUCUGGAACAGCUGCUCUUCAGUCAAAUGCUGGACCCAGAGUCGCAGAGGAAAAGAACCGUGCAAAAUGUUCUGGACCUUCGUCAAAACCUGGAGGAGACCAUGACCAGCCUGAGAGGAGUUCAGCUCAGUCGCAGCUGCGUCGAGGGAACCAUAAACUACGACAGCGACGAAGCUGCUGCCUUCUCGGUCUCUAGCCUGUCGAACCGCUCCUCUCCAUUAUCGUGGCGYCAGGGUCAAGCCAGCCCACGCCUGCAGGCAGGUGACGCUCCGUCCACAGGUAACGCUCCAUCAGAUGUCCCCCUCCGCAUCAGCCACACCUCGCGUGUCCACCUAAUCGAAGACUUGGAUGAUGCCGACCCGUCCCUUCUGAAGGGGGGUUACCUCAGCGACGGCGAUCUGGGUGGGAAGAACACCAAGGACGGCUAUGAAGAUGACGACGACGACGAUGACAUUGAUGAUCUGGGAAAUGGCUGGGACGAGAGCAGUUCCAUCAGCAGUGGACUGAGUGACGGUUCAGACAACCUGAGCUCCGAGGAGUUCAACACGAGCCCCACGCUCAACUCCCUCCCCACAACUCCUGUUGGCUCUCGCAGAAACUCAUCCAUCGUGAUGCGCACCGAUGCAGAGAAGAGAUCUCUAGUGGAGAGCGGUCUGUCCUGGGAUUCCGAUGACAACAAAACGGGCAGCAAGAGCCAAAGCAGCAGCGCCUACGACACAGGAAGUCUGAAGUCGGAAUCUGCCAAUAAAUGGAAAGGAGUGAAGGGUGAGCUGAAGAAACCACAGACUCUGGGUCAGGGGAACGGGUUGAAGAAAGGAAGAAACCCACCUGUGGGAGUCACAUCUCCGAUCACGCACACCUCUCAGAGUGGGCUGAAARUGGCUGGUUCCAUGAAGUCAGAUGUGAAGCCCAUGGAUAAAUCCAGAUUAGCGGUGAAGAAUUCUGGACUACAGCGCUCCUCCUCUGAUGCAGGUAAAGACAAUCAAAAUGGCAYUGGAACUGGAGAGCAGCGUAAACCUCCAUCUGGACUGGUCCGACCUUCAGCUGGUGGAAACUUUGGCUUCAAGAAACCCCCCACAACUACCAGUAAUGGUGCAAACAUUUCCAGUACGCCCAGUGCUGCAAGUACAUGCUCCAUGCCAAACAGCGCAGUGGCUGUGGGUAAGAUCCCCAAAACAUCUGGCAUUCCCGUUAAGCCGUGUGCAGGUGCAGGAGGACGUAAGACGAGUUUAGAUGUUUCAAGCAGUGACCAAAGUGGGUUCCUGUCUGCGACUGCCAGGACGUCUCUCCAGUACCGCUCUCUGCCCCGCCCAUCCAAGACGAACACCCUGACUCUAACCCGGCCAAGCUCAGCUCGUCCAGUGAGCACCACCAUGGACACAGGAACGGGGCUGACCAAACCUUCCGCCACAGCACCACAGGGUUCAAGGCUUAAGGAGCCCUCUUCCUCAGGACUUGGUUCUGGUAAGACAGGAGGACGUGGGAUCCCAAGUCCCAGUCCUGUCAAUCAAACAGACCGAGAGAAGGAGAAAGAAAGAGCCAAAGCUAAAGCUGUAGUCUCGGACUCAGAGUGUGGCACUGGGUCUCUGAAGGGGAGUUCUGCUCAGCACCCCACAGAAAACGGAGGAAAGCUGCAUGGGCUGAGACCACCCAGCAGUGGCAAGUGUACGGAUCUGACCUCACCUGGCAUGCAGAGGUUGUCUGGGGUCCGCAGCCUGGCAAAGCCUUCAUCUAUGGCCCAACUGGACAAGCUGAACUCCAACAGCCUGGAUGUCGAGGUUCAGGAUGGCCUGCCUCCAAAGAUUCCUCCCUACUCCAAGCUCCAAGAGCUUUGUGGCUCUGGAGGAAACUCAGCCAGCUCUUGCCUGGUCCCAAGUCCUGCACCUUUACUGAACGUGAACUCCUCAGCCUGCUUUUCUGGCUCUGGAAUUGGACUGGGACCGAGGCAAGUCACUUCCCUUGGGGUUGAAAAGAGCAAAGGGAGCAUGUCUCCUCUUCUCUGCCCACGCGUUUCUGGACUGCAUCGCAGCAUGGAAUCUCUGCAAUUACAGAUGAGUCUGGUACCUGAAUCCCAGGAGAAAGACAAGGACGGAGGAAGAGAGUCUUUGGUGAGAGGCUACACCACUUUAGAGUCCCAAGAAAAAGAUCAACAGCAGGACAGAGGCCCUCCAUCCAACUUGAGUUCUGCAAACAAAGUCUCAUUGAGUCUCACGGACAGUUCUCAGAGAGACAGGAACACACUGCCAAAGAAAGGUUUAAGUUUCAACAGCGCCUCGCAAACAGAGGAAGAAGGGAAGGAGAAAGGAGAGAGGAGACACUCGCAUAUGGUCGUCAGCAUGACCGACUCGCUCACCCUUCCUCUGCUUUCCUCACCCACCUCCCUGCCCCGCACCUCUAAAACCACAAUGGUCCCAAGCCCGAUAGGCGGACCUCCCAGGAUGAUUCGGUCCAACAGCAUCCCGACGCAUGAGGCCUCCAUGGAGCUGUACGGCGCAUCGCCGCUGGGCAGCACUUUAUCGUUGGCUGAGCGUCCACGCAGCAUGGGAAUGGUUCGGUCUGGAUCCUUUAGGGAUAGAGAGUCCAAUGAUGAAGUUCAUGGGUCUGUUCUCUCCCUGGCAUCCAAUGCCUCAUCAAGCUACUCUUCGGUGAGUGUGAGCAGCACGCAGAAACAGGCUGAGGAAAGGAUUCAGGGGGAGCAAAUCCGCAUGUUGAGGAGAGAGCUGGAAUCCUCGCAGGAGAAAGUGUCCAAUCUGACAACACAGCUGACAGCAAAUGCAAAUCUGGUUGCUGCCUUCGAGCAAAGUUUGGCGCUGAUGACGGCUCGGUUACAGAGUCUGUCAGUAAGCCAUGAACAGAAGGACUCUGAGCUGUUCGAGCUGCGAGAGACAAUCGAGACUCUGAAGUCCAGGAACGAAGAAGCCCAGGCUGUCAUCCAUGGGGCCUUAAAUAAUCCAGACAACACGAAAGACCUGCGAAUGCGACGCCAGAACUCGUGUGAGAGCAUCUCCAGUCUCAACAGCCUGACCAGUAUGUCAAGUGUAGGAAGCUUGAAGGAUCAAGAGGCCAAGAAGAAGAAGAAGAAGAGUUGGCUGAGGAGCUCCUUCAACAAGGCUUUCAGCAUUAAAAAAGGCUCCAAAACCUACUCAGACAUUGAGGAAAUCGCCACUCCAGACUCCUCGGCUCCCAACUCCCCAAAGAUGGUUCAUGAAGGAGGGGAGGCGGGAGAAUGCCAACCCCCGUCCCUCAAAAUGUCGGCGUCUGCCACCUCCUCAGUGAUCAUGGAGACGACAGAAGAGGGAGACGACGGUGAAGCGGCGGUGUCGGAGCUACGGUCAGAGCUUUGGGAGAAAGAGAGGGCGCUGACGGACAUCCGGUUAGAGGCCUUAAGUUCUGCCCAUCAGCUGGAGCAGCUCAGAGAAGCCAUGCACAACAUGCAGUCAACGGUGGAGAACCUGAAGGCAGAAAAUGACCACUUGAAAACAGGAAGUCAGCUGAAUUUCUCUAGUUCUGGUCCCACCUCGUCCACGUCGCAGCCCUCGGGCCUGGCCUCGCUCCUGGCACCUUCUCUGAGGCAGCCAAUGAGCAUGUCCCUCACCAAGUCCUUUAGCCUCAGUCUAAAUGAUUGUAAAGAUCCAGAAGUGUCUUCUUGUGACUCGCUAAAUGUUUCUCAGCGCGAGGAAGUGUGCGCAAAAGUAUUGGUCCGUCUUGCAGAUCGAACAGAGGAUAGUAAACGACAACAGGAGUUCUAUCUGGGCACAGUGUUGGUCAGUCCAAGGACUGAAUGGACAUCUCUCGACUCGCUUAUAGCAAAGAUCUUUAAAGAUUAUUUAAGUCACUUGGACCCGGCGGCCAGCCUAGGUCUGACCAGUGAGUCCCUGCACACGUAUCAGCUGGGCCUCGGAGGACAGAGGGUAAUGGGAGGGGACAGACCUCAGGCCUCUCCAUUUCAGUGUUUCACCAGUGGUGCUGCUCAGAUUUUUGUCACCUUAAAAGGUCUCAGAGAGAACAGCAUUGACUCUCUGGUGUUUGAGACUCUCAUUCCGAAGCCCAUGAUGCUGCACUAUGUCAGCCUGCUGAUGAAACACAGACGGCUGGUUCUGUCUGGGCCCAGCGGGACUGGAAAAACAUAUCUGGCACAGCACCUGGCUAACUACCUCCUGCAGCGCAGCYGGAUCGACUCGUCGGACGCUGACCAUGAUUCGUGUGUUCUGGUUCGCAGUGCUGCCGUCACCUUCAACCUGCACCGCCAGUCACAGAAGGACUUGCAGUUGUAUUUGUCAAAUCUGGCCAAUCAGAUUGACAGGGAGAGCGGAGGAGAGCUGCCAUUGGUUGUUAUUAUAGAUGACAUCAGUGACCCAGCUGCCAUCACUGAGCUUGUAAACGGAGCACUCACCUGCAAGUACCACAAAUGUCCCUACAUUAUUGGAACAACCAAUCAGCCUGUGAAGAUGACGUCUAAUCACGGGCUGCACCUCAGCUUCAGGAUGGUUAUGUUCUCCAACAACGUGGAACCAGCCAAUGGGUUCCUGCUGAGGUACCUCCACCGGAAAGCUGCGGAGGCCUACCAGGAGGAGGGGCACGAUUCAACACACCACCAGGAACUUCUCCAUGUCCUCGACUGGAUCCCUCAGCUAUGGUACCACCUGCACGCCUUCCUGGAGAAACACAGCACCUCAGACUUCCUCAUAGGUCCCUGCUUCUUCCUGUCAUGCCCCGUGUCCGUGGAAGAGUUCAGGCAGUGGUUCAUCGACCUGUGGAACCACUCCAUCAUCCCGUAUCUGCAGGAGGGAGCCAGAGACGGCAUCAAGGUACACGGUCAUAAAGCWGUGUGGGAGGAUCCGGUGGAGUGGGUGAGAGGCACUCUGCCCUGGCCCAACGCACAGCAGGACCAGUCCAGACUCUUCCACCUACCUCCUCCAAGCAUAGGGCUGACCACUGAGGAGAAGAAGUCGCCCAAAGAUUCACCUCCGCCCAACUCCUUGGAGUCAGACCCACUGAUGGCCAUGCUGCUGAAACUCCAAGAAUCAGCCAACUGCAUUGAGUCUCCAGAGCGGGAAGGCUGCCUGGAUCCCACUCUUCAGACGACACUCUGAGCUAACAGCCCACAAAGAUUAAAAACGACAAUAAAGACUUUGUAUUAUUGCAGACACUAAGUCCCAGUGCGUUCAAAUGACUGUGUUGCCAGCUUUGCUGUGUGCUCAGUGAGCAGACUCAAAGGUGAGGAGGAAAUAAGUUGGUCCUGUUUUGAGAACAUAGAAAAGACAAUAAAACUGCUCUCAUGUGAAGCUGUAGCCGUCACUUCGAGGAAAGCGGCAGACCCGGAGGUCUUUCCUCGUGCCUCAGUUUGUCCCGAGUGGGUUGUUGUUUUAAUCUGCAAGUGCAUGGUGACUGGAAUAGUAUGAUGCAAAAAUAUUACUUGUAACAUUGUUUAUCAGAACCCAUUUGCUUCCUUUUGUUUUUUUCGAUCAAUGGCUGCAAACUUCACAGCUGCUGGUGCUUCACAGGUUUUCUUUGAAGGCACACCCAUCAUUUUGGUAAUUAAAGAACCUGUGUCUGGCAGCCCCCCAAAAAAGCAGGACUGUCACUCGACAGCAGCCCAGAUGCACUUUAUUUUCUACAUGUGAAAAUUGGAUUUUAGAGGGCUGUGUCGGUGAACAUGUGUCAAAUAAGAGGGGAUGCCAAUUUGAUUCAAAAAGUUGCAGUUUUUGAGUAAAUCCAAUAGAGGGCAACAUCUGUUAAAAAGCUCUCAGUUUUACUUUUUAUUAAUUUUUUUAUUGUCAAAGGUGCUCAGAUUAGACACUUUCUAAAAUCCAAUUGUGAACAUGGCCUUGAAUGUUUUCUUCUUUUCAACUCAGCUAUUUUUUAUUAUUUUGUUAAUUAUAGAUCAAAUAUCGGAACUGUGAAGCUGUAAGGGGAACAUGCAUGGGUGGAUAAUGGCAUGAAUCACUUUCAGUGUGAAGAAGAAAAAAAACACCGUCAGAGGGCUCAGUACACUGACCUCAUGGCAGAAAUGCAACGCUGAUACAAUAACUGCUUGUUGAUCAAGUCUACCAUUUCUGGCUGUGCGUUUYUAACGGUCUGUUCUCUAAAAACGAACUUCUCUUGUGAAAUCUGAGCAUUACCACUUUGAAAAGUCUCAAUUUUUGUAGGAUUUUUUUGUACUGAUUUCUCUACUUGACGAACACACAAACGUCUCUAAGUCCGAGCGAGACCCGCUGUCGUGAAUGUCAGAUCAUUUUUCAUGCGCCGUCACACAAUGAGGAAGUGGAGAAGACAUGGUCAAAAGACACGCAGAACAUUUUCCUUCCUCUUUGCCUUUCAUCACAUGAUUAAUAGUUUUAUUUUUUGUUGUUUCCCCCAAAAUAGACCAGUCUCUUUUGUCAUGCAUUAAGAUUUGAAUAAGUGGCUUCCUCCCUAUUUUAUUACUUCAUUUGUUCUCACAAAAUAAUAACUCCAAAAGUAGGAAACUGCAGUUUUUAUUGCUCAUAUCUUGACUGUUAAGUGAUAAAAGAUGAAAUGUUUAUUGGAGGAGGAAACUGUUGGAAAUAGAGAACUGUUUGACCCUGACRUACCUCAGACUGCCAUAAAUCUGUCCAGAUGUUUUGGUACUUUCCAAUGAAGAUGUUGGUGUAGAGUAGAAACAAGAUGCCUAAGUCUUAUCAGUGCCUGAAACACAAAUUCUGCCACUCGGAGGCCUCAGUUAUGGAGGAAGCAUGUUUGCGUCCUCUCACCUGCUCUGAUGUCACGAUAAUGCCGUCACCUAGAUGUUCGGGUGCAGAGUAGGUUCAUGGACCUUCGACAGGUAGAUAAGCUGUCAGUGAAGAUGAUGUGUGAGUCGGUGAAUGAGAAUAUGUAUCAGAACUGGGCUGCUGGUGUGCAAUUUGAUACGAUCUCGUAAAAAAAAUUGACUUGGGUGUAAGAACAGAUUUCAGACAGAGCUUGAGAUGCAUGAAUCCCUUUCUUUCAUURGACCUACCACAUGUUAAACCUUACCGUAAGAGAUUCUUAUUAACUGGAUAUCUUCCGUUUUUUCUUUCUUUUUUAACUUUAAUUUUAAUAGCAGAUUAUUUUUCCUCUUUGAAAUGUUUGUAAAGUUUUCUUUUCUUUUCUUUUUGUACAUGACACCGCUAUUGUAAACACUGUAAAUAGUCACCGCAUAUGCGACAACAAUCACAAAAGUGAUGAGAGCUCAAAGAGAAGCUUGGCCCACAUAUGCAGAAAAAGGGCAUCCUCUGUGGUUUUAUAGUCUUCCUCCCACACGAUGGAGCACUUGGCUUAAAAGUGGGCCUAACAGUGGUUUUGUGUCAUCUCUCUGUAAUCACAUCAGAUCCCAUAUGUCUAAUUUUAAGCACUGGACAUAAUAAAAAUCAUGCCAUUUUUUUCUCCACACCA